AUUGUGUAGGAGAGCUGCAAAAAAAAAAGUUUUUCGUGUGUUCCAGAUGUGCGACAGGAUGAGAAUGUGAAUGAAAAGUAGCAGUGUCAAAGCUACAUUCGCUCUGCGCUCACCUCGUCACUCUCACUUCGCAGGAUCAAGAGAGAAUUACGUUGAGGGUCGUCGGAGUGCUUCUGGUGUCAUGAGUUUUGUCGAGAUGGAGAAGAUUCCAUGGACUGGUGGGCUGCGCUUUGUCUUUGAGGAGCGAAAGGAAAAUAGAAAUCUUGCCAAAGCGAGCGACAAUAAAACGAACUAAAUGUUUGAUGGGACGACAGUUUCUUUCUCUGCGACAUUUCAGGGCAUUCAUCCUGGGACAUCUCAGGGCAUUCAUCCUGGUACGAAAAUCAUGCCUUCCUCUCCGGCCGUGAGCCCGAGCGCGCGCGAUGCGCCACGUGGAGCAGCAGGGCAUCGUCAAGACAUAAGCCAGCCCAUGAUCGAAGAAGUCAUCAACCAGCAGAUCGACACCGGUCUGACGGAUAACCAAUCCAUCUCCACGACCGCCAACCUCGCGGGCAAUCUGAAACUCUCCGAAAUGCUGAAAAAGGACCAGGAGCGGCUGCACCAGACGAGCCAGGACCAGCAGCACAACCAGACCAUCUACCUGCAGCCGCAUUUGAACAAGCGGUUGGUUUUGAACCACAAGGGGUUUCAAGAACCGCCCAAAGAGUUGGACAAGUACGUGAAUUUGGCGCAUUUGGAUCUCUCCUUCAACGGCAUGUUCCGAUUGAAAAACCUGAACCGAUUGCAGGAACUUCUUUCCCUGCAGCUGCAGUCGAACUUGCUGGAAAGAAUCCAAAAUUUGGACUUCAACAAGAAGCUGCAGAAACUGAACCUCAGCUACAACAAGAUUGCGAAAAUCGAGGUAGACACCCUGCGACACCUGAAAUUCCUGAACAACCUGAACCUCAGCCACAACAAGUUGACCUGUUUCCCGGUGAGAAAAGUCAUGGACAAGGUGAACUCGAUUUUGGAGACAGUAGAGGAAGAUACGGUUCUUUUGGCCCCCGCGGGUGGGAUGAAUAAACCAUUCACAGGCUGCUCAUCCUCCUCCUCUUCAUCUUCAUCAUCUGCGUUAGGAGAUGACGAUUCCGCUGCAGAGCCAGUCGAUCAGGCCGAUUCCGAGGCUCCUCUCUCAGUUUCCGAGAACACGUUCUCUUCUGCGCCCACCAGAACUACCAUGGCGAUUGAGGAAGACACAGAGAACUUCGACAACGCUGUGGAGUUUGCGGAAGAGUUGCUGGCAGUGGCGAGGAACAGUGCUCUGACUAACCUGGACCUCUCCUGGAACGAGUUCAAGGACUUUGAAGUUCCAGACUGCUGCGAAUUUUUCCAGAAAUUUCCGAACUUGGAAGUGUUGUACUUCCACCGAAACCCGGGGCUGCGAUUCGUGACUAACUACCGGAGGCACAUGGUCCUGGCGCUGCCAAAGGUGCGGUAUCUCGACGAGGCACCGGUAUUAAAUCUACUAUGUUGUGAUGUAGGAGGACGAAUUUUUCAACGUGUAAAGUUAGAUUUUUUUCUACAGAAGUAAGGCUUCUACUCUGUCAUACACUUGGGUUUUUGAUGCAAGUAGACGUACGUGGUUUAUUACCGCAACACAAAUACAACCGCCGUGCAAUACCACCAGAUUUUCGACCGCGAGCGUGAGUUCGCCACGGCCUUCUUCAACGACGGCGGCCUGGCCGGGGAAAAGCGGGCGCGCGAUAAGUACAAGCAGGCCUUGCGGGAGGCGAAACCGACAGAGGAUUGGGACGACCGGAAGCAUUUUGUAACGGCCAGGAGGAACAAGGCGCUCGAGCGGAUUCGCGCCGAGGAGGACACAAAGCAGGAGAAGCACAGCCAGUACUACGAAUAUCUGAAGAAGCAGGAGAAGCGGGAGAAGGAAUUCGUCGAGAAACACCAGUCGCAAUGGGACAUGUGCAAUAACCCGUUUGGGGAGGGGGCGCAAGGAGCUGCAGAAGGUGGUCUCCGUGCAGGAAACGAUGCGGUGAUGUUGAAUGACGACGGAGAGGACGCGGAGGUAGUGAUUCUGUUCUUUCGUGAUUCAGCUUGUCAUUUUUUACGUUCGCUCGGCGGCUUGGUGCAUUCUGAUUUUCAUCGCAUCCAUGAAUGAUGUAGUAGUAGAAAGAUAGCUACGUUUCUCUUGUGCGUGGCAUUACUCAGUCUAAAAGAGAACAAAAAUCAACUAUACAAAGGUGGAUCUCUCCACCACCGUCGAAGACGAAGACCCUGUGGAGUUGGAGCGCCGCGCGACCUUCCGCUGCACAGACGCUCCCUCGUUGAAUCCCGAAGUGGGCGGUAUGGCCGAGGAGUUUGACAAGCAGGUGUCCUCCUGGGUGGAAAAGAAUAUUCCGGCGGAAACCGGAGCGGCGGCUUUUGGAAGGAUAAACCUGGUGUCGGGGGCAGGAGCUUCGACUUCUGCACCAACUACAAGCUCACGAACAACAAGCGCAACGUCAGCAGCACCAGCUGCAGUGGUGGCGAAAAGCAGGAACAACGCGAAUGAGCUUGACGAGCUGGAUUGAAUUUGAUUCAGGGUUUUUUGCAACUUUUGCACCCACAUGGAAUAUGACCGCCGCCUAAAAGAA